GGUGUCAAAACAAACUUGUGUUGGCUGAACCUCGGAGGCACAGCAGGCAUUUACGCACAGCUCUGCGCUACACGCGGCUGUGUUGUGUUUGAAAAGAAGGGAUUUUUUCCCCCCUCCACGUUAUCAAUGAUGGCUUUCACUAUGCUGAGGCCGGUGUCCACUCAUCCGUUCUCUUAUCCCGCUGACCUGACCCUGAUGUCGGACGACGAGGAGGGGAGCCGCAGCGAGAGCGACGGCAGCACCGACCAGGGCUACGGCUGCUGCGGCACCGGCGGUGUGGUGGUGCGGCAACGGAACGCAGCCAACGCCAGGGAGAGACACCGGACCCAGAAUGUGAACACAGCCUUCACGGAGCUGCGGACUCUUAUCCCCACGGAACCGGUGGACAGGAAACUGUCCAAAAUCGAGACGCUGCGGCUGGCGUCCAGCUAUAUCUCACACCUGGCCAACGUGCUGGUGGUGGGGGAGGGCAGGGAGGACGGUCAGCCGUGUCUCACCACCGUCUACAAGGAGCUGAAGGGCAGCGGAAGAGAGGUCAAGCAACCCCGUACCAUCUGCACAUUCUGCCUCAGCAACCAACGGAAAGCGGUGACAGACAGACGAGGCUGUGUGAAGAUGCACGGGAACAGUGGAAGGCGAAUGAGGUGAUGGAAGUGUUUGACCUGCAGCUGAAGUGGAUCUUCUCUUCUUGCAAGCAGAUCUUGAAUAAAGCCUUGAGAGGCUGCAGUCUUAAAGGACUACUCUGACUUUUUGGGAGUUUGCCUCAUUGGUCCCUUUUUACCAUUUACAGUAGGAGAUGAAAGGAUUUGCAGCAAACCACUUGUUGUUUACCAGCAAAUGAAGCAGCUCUUUCCACUGUACUACAGUCACAGGCUAAUAAGGCUGCAACUAUCGAUUAUUUUCAUUAUUAGUUCAUCUCUUCAUCACAUGAUAUGCAAAUCUUUGGAUGCCACAAACACCCCUACCAACCAUUUCCUUGACGAGUUGAAUAUCAGAGUAAUUGCAAUUCAUUUAGUUGUCAAUUACUAAUCAAUUCAUUAAUUAAAGUAUUGAAACAAUCCCCAGCAAUAAGUAUAAAGCAUGUGGUCAUGAAUGUUCUUUUUAUCUCUUGCCCCAACUCUUUUACCAAAAAUGUUUAUAUUUACACAGGAAGUGAUGAUGUCAUACAGGGUUUUGCAUACGGGUCACAGAACAGAUGUUAUUACCUGCUGGGGAUUAAACUAAAAGCGGAUUAUUGUAUAGUAUGUCCAUAAUCCAAAUGUUUAAAAAAAUAAAAUAAACAAAAGAGUGUUGCAUUUAGAUCUUUUAAUAUAUAAACCAAUAACAGAUGCUGACUUCACUAAAUCUACUGCAUAUUAUAAAGGUUGUGUUAUCCUUUGUUUACAUACUGUACAUGAUAUCUUUUCUCAGUACAUAUGUAAAAUUACAAGUAAUUACAGUAUGAAAUGACUGAUGUUUAAAUAGUAAAAGCUCUAUGAUGUGUGGAACCUGAUACCUUAUUUACUGUAUUGGGUAAAAUGUUAAUGAGACAAAACUCCCAGUGAAGUUUUUUGUGACAGACUCUCCAUUCACAAACUGGUGUAAAAUUGUGUGCGACAGGAGGCAUUUGUGGGUCUUGUUUGACUUUUUUUAUAUUGUUGUUAUCUACUUUGAAAUUAAAUUUAUUUUUACACACA